AUGCAACAACCUCAACCUCAAGCAUAACAGUAGCAAAUCCAACCACUCGAUUUUUAUUAGGAAGAAUACAAGGAUGCUGUAAGAUUUUCUUGGAACACAUUGCCGGCAACUAAAUUGCAGAGUACUAGAGCCAUCGUUCCAAUGGGAUGUCUAUAUUCGCCUAUGAAGGACUUGGAAUCACUCGUAUUAGUAUAGUAUUCUCCCCUUUAUUGUAAAUGUGGUGCGAUCUUGAAUCCAUACAAUCAGAUAGAUUUUAGAAAUAAACAAUGGACAUGUGUGUUUUGUUCUUCUAAAAAUGCAUUUCCUAAACAUUAUGCUGAUCACAUCACUGAAACUCAAUUGCCAGCCGAAUUAAAGAAGACUAGCACAACCAUGGAAUAUAUCUUAUCUAACCAAUAAGCUGCCCCAACCACUUUCCUUUACAUCAUCGACACUUGUAUACCCUAAGAGGAUUUGUAAGCCAUCAGAGACUCUAUUUAACAGAGUUUGUCAAUCAUUCCUCCAGACUCCUAAGUUGGACUCAUCACAUUUGGAAGGAAUGUGUUCGUGCAUGAACUUGGAUUUUAAGAAUGUCCUAAAUGCUAUAGUUUUAAGGGAUCAAAAGAUUAUACAACCUAAUAGAUAUUGGAGAUGCUAUAGGUGAGUACAAAGCCAGAGAUUCUGAAGAGAUUCUUGGUUCCCUUAAAUGAAUGUGAAUUUUCAUUCAACUCUAUUUUGGAUGAUCUUUAAUGUGACCCAUGGCCAUCACAACCAGGAGAGAGAGAAGUCAGGGCUAAUGGAUCGGCAUUGAAAAUUGGAUCGACAUUAGUCGAGAGUGCUACUCAAUUCUCUAAAAUUCUCUUUUUCGUUGGGGGACCUUGUACAAUAGGUCCAGGUUAGGUAGUAGGAUUGAAAUUAGAAGAGACUAUCCGAUCUUAUUUGGAUAUAUAAAAGGAUAAUCCUAAUACAUAAUACUUAUAGAAGGCAAAGAAGUUUUUUAAUGAAAUUGCUUAGAGAGCCAUAAAAGCUAACAUGACAGUUGAUAUAUUCGCAUUUACAUUAGAUUAAUUUGGUCUAUUGGAGAUGAAAUAAUUAGCAGAGAAAACAGGUGGAGUUGUUGUUAUGCAAGAAAAGUUUGAUUCUGACAUGUUCAAGGAAACUUAUAAAAAACUCUUUGAUAAAGAUGCUUCUGGUUUUCUUAAGAUGGGAUUUGGAUCAAAAAUAGAUAUGUUUAUAUCAAAAGACCUCAAGGUGCAAGGAGGAGUUGGACCAUGCAUUUCAUUAAAAAAGGGAGGUCCUAUGGUAUCUGAAGUAUCUUUAGGAGAAGGUGGAACUACAAGUUGGUAUUCAGGUGGUCUGGAUAGAAAUUCAACGAUAUUAUUUAUGUUUGAUUUAUCACCCACAAAGGACACUUCCUUUUCACAAUGUGCUUACAUACAAUUUGUUACUAUGUAUAGACACUCAAGCAGAUUGUAAAGAUUGAGAGUGACUACAAUACAAAGAAGAUUUGCAGAUCACAAUAAUAUUAUGGACAUGAUCAGAGGAUUUGAUUAAGAAGCUGCUUGUGUUACUAUGGCAAGAGUAGGUAUUUUGAAAGCAGAAUCUGAAGAAUCAAUUGAAGUCUUAAAAUGGCUAGAUAGAUCUCUAAUUCGAGUUGUUGCCAGAUUUGGAUCAUAUCGUAAAGAUGAUGUGAGUUCAUUCAGAUUCCCAUAAGAAAUGAUGAUGUAUCCAUAAUUUAUGUAUCAUCUCCGAAGAUCUCAUUUCAUUACUACUUUUGGUGCUUCACCAGAUGAAACCACGUUCUAUAGAGCUUCUUUAUCUCGAGAGUGUGUUCAAAAUGCUUUAGUUAUGAUCCAACCUGCUUUGUUGUAAUAUACAAUUGAUGAUCCAGUUGCUAAUGCUGUCAAUUUGGAUAUUCAAAGUAUGAAACCUGAUGUGGUAUUACUUUUGGAUACCUACUUCAAUGUUGUUGUGUGGUAUGGGGAACAUGUUCAAAAAUGGAUUGAGGAAGGCUAUUAUGAUAAUCCUGAAUAUGAAUAUAUAAAAGAGUUGAUUGAUUCUCCCAAUUCAGAUGUCCAGUAUAUUCUAGAAGAUAGAUUCCCAGUGCCUAAGUUGAUCAAAACUUAUUUUGGACAUGGGCAAGAGAGAUAUUUGAAAAGUCGAGUGAAUCCCUCAGUUAAUACAGUCUAAAACGAAAAUGUUGAAAGUGGUAAUUACAUAACAGAUGAUGCCAGUCUUAAAGUAUUUACAGACCAUCUUAUUCGUUUAGCUGUAUAAACUGUAUAAUGAAUAUAUCACAUAUAAAAUAAUUGAAAUUGUUCAAUAAUUAUUAUAAA